AUGACGGAAGUAAAAAAAUNAGUUGGCGGUAUUGGAGGGUUUGGAGUUACGGGCGGUGCGCAUAGAUAUUACACGCAUAGAUCAUUCAAAGCGAAAUUGCCAUUACAAAUUAUACUUUUGGCGUGUUACACGGUAUCGGGACAGGUACGGUACAUCGGAUGGAUUUCGAUUGAAAAUAAUACGAUGACAAUAUAUUAAUACAUCUACGCAUUUAGAACAGCAUACCGGACUGGGUUAGAGAUCACCGGGUCCAUCACAAAUUCAGCGAGACAGACGCCGAUCCGCACAACGCCAACAGAGGAUUUUUCUUCGCGCACGUCGGCUGGCUGAUGCAACGCAAACAUCCGGAGGUAUACAAACGCGGCAGGACCGUCGACAUGUCCGACAUUAACAAUGAUCCUUUGGUACAAUUUCACACAAAGUUAGUUCAGUUAUGUACACGCGUAUUGAAAUCUGUAAUGUUUAGGAGGUAGUUCAAACUAGAAGAUUUUGGCCGUGAAUAUAGAUAAUCGGAGAAUGAUUUGUGAGGCGGGAUGGUCCUAGAGGCCGAAUAAACCCUGGGAUAAUGAUAAUAAUAUUACCUGAAUGUUGGCAAAUAAUACUUAUAAGACGCAUCGUGUGUUUUUUCUAUGUAGAUACUUUACUCUGCUAAAGUUACUGUUGUGUUUCAUUUUGCCGAUAAUGGUACCGGUGUUCUUGUGGAACGAAUCUUGGAAUAUAGCCGUGUUCGGAAUGGCAAUAGUUCGGUACGUGCUAAAUUUGAAUUUCACGUGGUCUGUAAACAGCGUCGCUCAUAUUUGGGGCAACAAACCAUACGACACGUGAGUGUAUAAACUAUAAGUAAUUAAUUUAAUGUAUUACAUACGAAGGUUUUGAUUUUUUUUUUUUUUGUGUGUGUGUUUUUCAGACGUAUUCAGCCCGUGCAAAACUCUUUCGUGUCUAUAGUGGCCUUGGGGGAAGGGUGGCACAAUUAUCACCACGUUUUCCCGUAUGACUACAGAGCGGCCGAAAUCGGCGGAUAUUUGCUGAACAUGACAACCAUGUGGCUCGACUUUUUCGGCUAUAUAGGCUGGGCGUACGAUUUCAAAUCGCCGUCCAAACAGNAGGGUGGCACAAUUAUCACCACGUUUUCCCGUAUGACUACAGAGCGGCCGAAAUCGGUGGAUAUUUGCUUAACAUGACAACCAUGUGUCUCGACUUUUUCGGCUGUAUAGGCUGGGCGUACGAUUUCAAAUCGCCGUCCAAACAGCUCGUUCAACAAGUGGCUCUAAAUCACGGUGACAGCAGUUGGCACGAGGUGUCGGACGCAAUUUUAAGGGAUUAUAAGACUUCAUGA